UGUCAGCAAGGGUUAGCCAUCAGCAGUAUCAUGUCGUUGUGCCAGAUUUCUAGUGUUUCUUCUCCCAUGCUGUUUGCGGACGACUCCACGGAUCAUCCCAACUCCACAAGCCAGAAACAAGUCCUGAACAUUGGGAAUAUGGGAUUGCAAGUCAGAGGCUGGGAAACUCACCAAGUUAAUGCCCCCUUCUUUUAACCUUUCUCAUGCUGUCUUUCAUUCACCUAGGCACGGUACCGUGGGCGUUCGUUCGGAAAGCCAAAUUUGUGUUACAGAAACCUCUGGAAGAGGCAUGCUGCGCUCGACACCGUUUGCCACGUGGACCAGUCAAGGGUCAAAGGAGAAAACGCACUAGAGUAAACGGUGCUCGCCAGCUACUCUUGCCUAGCUCUGACCGCGACAAGCCUUGGUGAUCAAGAGGAAGCAACACCACCAUUUCAACGGUCUCUUGGCCUCCACUCCGCACCGUAGCCGUCGAUCUCCAUCCUUCGAGGCCUCAACUGUCUGCAGGAACCAAGCGUGGGCAUGGCUUCCAUCUCCUCCACCACCUCCUUCCCUUUCAAGAUCAUACUGGGAUCAUCGUCGCCGGCGCGCCGGGAGAUCUUGGCUGACAUGGGAUACGAAUUCAUCGUCAUGAGCGCUGACAUCGACGAGAAGGCCAUCAGGAAGGACAAGCCAGAUGAGCUGGUCAAGGCAUUGGCUGAAGCCAAGGCUGAGGCUAUCAAGCUGAAGCUCCAUGACGACUGUGGUCCAGGCAGUGACCAGACAACCCUUCUGAUCACCUCGGACCAGGUCAUGGUGAGCAAAGGUGUGAUACGGGAAAGGCCACGGAGUGCAGAAGAAGCCAGGGAAUUUAUCAAGGGUGAGAGGUUCUCCUUCCUUGUGAUCGUUAGAUAUGUCAUGUCUGAAAGGAAACGCCAUCUUCAGGGGGGAAUUGAUAAUGCAUCUUCUUCGUUUUUGUUGACAGGGUAUUCGGAUGAUCGAGCAUUUGCGGUGAACUUUGUUCUUGUAUCCAACCUGAGUACUGGGGCUACAAAAGGAGGAUGGGACAUACCAGAGAUCAAAUUUAAGAACAUACCGGACGAGUUCAUCGACAGAGUGGUUAAUCAAGGCGAGAUGACAUGCGUGGCUGGCGGGCUUAAGCUGACACAUCCGUCAGUACUGCCAUUCAUCAUCAAAGAACUGGUCGGUACGGCGGAUAGCGUUCGAGGUCUUCCAAGGGAGCUCACAGAGAAGCUUAUUCGAGAAUCACUGGAAGCAAAAGCGGAGUGAAUCCGUUUGCAACAGAGGAGUGGUCGAGGUGUUGUUAGAUGUGAGCGAGCAUCAUGUCAAAAGUUUUUUCUUUUCUUUAAGAAGCAGGAGCACUGUUGAUGCAUUUUACUCACUGGACGAACUUUUCUUCUCUCUCUUUUAUUU